AGUAAGAUGUGUGGCGCUCAAAGGAGAGGCGACGCGCUCUCAUACUCGCAGCAGCAGCUUCCAGAGGAGCGACACUUGGGUGCGCUUUUCUCUCCUGAACAGUCAGCGCCGUUCAACUUCUGUCGUAGCGAUCUUUUCUCUUUUUAAGAUGUGUGGUCAAGAUUCGUUGCUCUUCGAUCGGUUAUGCCUUCGCAAAGUCGCUUCCUCAUAGACUUAACAUAGGCUUCUUUUUUCCUUUUCUAUUCUGACCAAGACCUAACCCGACUUGCAGCUGGUGAGAAUAUGUGCAAAAGGCGAUCGGCGGAAAGCAUGGGCUGUAAAUGGUCCCCCGAGGAAAAGCAACGUGGAUUAAACACGAAUUAAUGUGGAAUUUAUUGGCGCUCAAAGGUGGAACGACGACCGGACACAGCGCUUCCUCGUCAGGGACUGACUGAUCAUGGUCGCCGUGGUCCGCUCUCUCAUGGUACUGCUGCUCGCUCAGGUGUUGCUGGAAGGUGCUACGGGACUUAUCCCCGAGGUCGGCCGGAGGAAGUACAGCGAAUCUGGGAAGCAGACCCCAGAGCAGUCGGAGAGCUUUCUCAACGAGUUUGAGCUUCGGCUUCUCAAUAUGUUUGGUCUGAGGCGCAGACCGACCCCCAGCAAACAAGCCGUGGUGCCGCAGUACAUGGUGGACCUUUAUCGCAUGCACUCUGCAAACGGAGACCACAGCACUAAACGACCCAAGAGCAUGGGGAAACACGCAGAGAGAGCCGCCAGCAAGGCCAACACGAUUAGAAGCUUUCACCAUGAAGAGUCAAUGGAAACCCCGGCCAGUCUGAAAGGCAAAACAACCCAGCAGUUCUACUUCAAUCUUACUUCUAUCCCCGAUGAGGAGCUCAUCACUUCUGCAGAGCUACGCAUCUACAGGGAUCAGGUCAUGGGAACUGCAACUUCUAACAGCAGCACCAGUGACAGUGCUGGUGGCUUCCAUCGUAUCAACAUUUAUGAAAUAUUCGGAGUUCCUGCCUCUAACGGCAUGGAACCUCUGGUGCGUCUGCUGGACACUCGGCUGGUGCAGGACUCUUUGAGCCGCUGGGAGAGCUUUGACGUGAGCCCUGCUGUAUCCAAGUGGACGUCAGGGAAAGGCCACAAUCAUGGCUUCAUGGUGGAGGUGCUCCAUCCAGAGGGAGGAGAGGCGGAUGGCAAGCAUGCCCACAAAAGAAGUAAGCAUGUCAGGCUGAGCCGGUCCCUGCACCAGGAUCAGGACUCAUGGCCUCAGGCACGGCCUCUGUUGGUGACAUAUGGCCACGAUGGCCGUGGGGACUCGGUACUCCAUACAAGGCAAAAAAGGCAAGCACCACACCGCAAACCACGCAGAAAGCACCAGCACAAGGCAGUCUGCAAGAGACAUGCCUUGUAUGUGGACUUCAGUGAUGUGGGAUGGAAUGAGUGGAUAGUGGCACCACCUGGCUACCAUGCCUUUUAUUGCCAAGGGGAAUGUCCUUUCCCCCUAGCAGACCACCUCAAUGCAACUAAUCAUGCCAUCGUGCAGACACUUGUCAACUCAGUCAACUCAAACAUCCCUAGAGCCUGUUGUGUGCCCACUGAACUCAGCCCAAUUUCUUUGCUCUACCUGGAUGAAUAUGAGAAAGUCAUUCUGAAAAACUAUCAGGACAUGGUGGUGGAGGGAUGUGGCUGCCGGUGAGGAACUGGUGGUAUGGGUAGAAACAGAAACUGAAAAUGAUCAGUGUUUGUUAUGGACACCCGGUUUCCCAAUGAAGACGCUUAUUUAUAUAAAAGAAACACAAAACAGAGCUAUUGUGGAAGAAGAAAAAAAACUAUAUAUAUGAAUAUAUUUAUGUCUACGUAAAGUUGGGAAAAAUAAAUAUUUUAAUCAAAGGAAUAUUCCUUUACUGGUUUUGAAAAUGUAUUUCUGAUGUACAUUUUGAAAUGGGUGCAAUACCACAUGAAGUAUAAUGCUCAGAUUUUUAUUUUGUAUUUAUUUCUAUUAUAACCACUUUAUUUGUAAAUAAAUAAUGUGUAUUUAUCGUGGAAAAAAACAAAACGUGGUUACUCUAGUUUUCCAAGAUCAGCUACACUGAG